CAGGGAGGCCGAGAGGCGGACGCAGCACUGACCCAAGCUGGACAGCGGGGCAGAGUACAUGUACACAGUGUAGGCGUGGCUAUGGAAGCGAUUGGGAAAGGGAGGGUGCACCGUCCCAAGAAAAGCUGUGUAACUCCUUUAAGUUGCACGUACGUACACGCCCUGCCUCCGAGAAUCACCGUCCAGAACCACAACGGUGAGCUGUGCUCUGGGAGCUCUGGCUGUUCGUGAACUCAGAAGAGGAACUUGUUCCUGCAAGCCAGAAGGUUGGACAUGCAUGUAAUACACCUGGAUGAAGGAAGAGCGUGGUCUGUCAGUUACAGGAAAGUUCUUCUUGUGUCAUUCUGCAGUUUGAAAUGAAUCUACUAUGAACCGAAGAAGACAUGAGGGGACAGAAAAUACCAUCUCUUCUUCUCCAUUUACUUUCCAUUUGUGCUACAUUUUGGGGUUCUAGAGAACAAGAAACUGUAACGGGGCUGUUUUCUAAGGAUGUCAUCCUUCCUUGUCCUUUUUCACCUGGGAACGAUGAAGUAAUUUACUGGAAAAAAGAGAACAAGAAUGUGCACAGCUACUAUGAGCAGAAGGACCAGCUAGAAGGCCAAGACCCAGAUUACAGGAACAGAACACACCUUUUUCAUCAGAACAUUGGUCAUGGAAAUGCCUCCUUGAAACUUAGUAAUGUGGCCUUGACUGAUGAGGGCCUUUAUCAUUGCUAUGUGGGAACAGAGAAAGCUAAAACAGAAGUGGAUGUCGUGCUGCAGGUGCAAGUUCUCUCUAUUUAUGUACUGGAAUACCAAAAGACAGACACAGCAAGGAUGCUGAAUUGCUAUGCCUUUCAUACUUAUUUGACACCAAAUAUAACUUGGGUACGAGGCAAUACAUACAUCCCAGAAACAGGUCGGGAGGAAACCAGGAAUGGAGUUCUCUCUUCUGUUAGAAGUGACCAGAAUAUUAUAAACACAUCUGAUACUUACUACUGUCAUAUUAAUCUCUUCCAUGAAAACUGGACUGCUAAGUGGAGCAUGCAAGACCAACUUUCAAAAGCUGAAGGAAGCAGCACUACCAUUUCUUGUGAAUACAGCAAUAACACUUUACAUGCUGAAGAUCUCACUGUUGUCUGGAAACUAAACAAAAAUGCAGCUAUCUCAGUCCUGGCCUCCUUCAAUGGUACAUUUCACACUGACCAGCCUAGAGUUCAAAUUAACCAAAAAAGCUUUUCACUCAGCAUUAGUGAUCUUAAUGUGGAUGACAGCGGAGACUACGUGUGCAAUAUUUCGACACCUCACUACACAAGACUUAGUGUGACAGUGUUACAAGUUGAACAUGCAGGUAACACCUCAGCAGUGAUAGUGACAGUGAUUGUGAUCAUUACCAUUAUCACCGUCACUGCAAUGAUAUACUAUCUCCGUAAGAAGGGCGAUGAAGACCUUCCGAGCCUCUUACAUGAGGAAGAUGAAGGUCUUAAGGAAGACGACCAGGAUGGCAGCACAGAUCCAAAUAAUGCUGCUGCUCCCUGGCAAAUCUUGCGUCUUCCUCACGCACUAAAUGAGGCCAAAGAACAGGAUAAAGACUCCGGGAAAGGCCCAGAGGGCAAUGAAGACUUUCUGAGCCACUUGCAUGACAAAGAUGUAGGUCUUAAAGAAGACAACAAGGAUUGCAGCACAGAUCCAAAUAAUGCUGCUGCUCCCUGGCCAAUAUUGCGUCUUCCUCACGCACUAAAUGAGGCCAAAGGAUAA